CCGUCAUGAAGAAGAAUAACACACACAAGAUGGCGGCGAUACUCACACAAACACAUUACUGACGGUUAAUAUGAGAAUGUGUGGUCAGAGGUAUAAACGGAGCGGGGGUUUGAGCUGAUUUUCCGAGGUGAAGAUGACUGAUUAGGGCGUUUUAAUCCCGUUGCUGUAAAUUUACUUCAGUUUAGUGAUGAUGUUAGAGACUGAAGGCCGGUUAGUUUUGUGAGGCUCAGUCCGGGGUUUGGUUAUAUUUCGGAGAUAAACUCGUAAGGUUUAUGUGGUUUAGUGAAUAAAGAUGAGUGAUACCCGGCGGAGUGAUAGUUUAGUGUGGUAAAGAUGAGUGAUAUUCGAGAGUAAAGGCAGUCUGUUUCGGUUAGUGUUUGUGUCGGUUUAGUGAGGUAAAGAUGAGUGACACUCGUCGGCGUGUGAAGGUUUAUACACUGAAUGAGGACAGACAGUGGGAGGACAGAGGGACUGGACAUGUGGACACUCUGAAGGGGACAUCACUCGCUGUCACUGCAGAAACUGAUGGGUCACUACUACUAGAGUCUAAAAUCAACCCCAACACUGCAUAUCAGAAACAACAGGACACGCUCAUCGUCUGGUCUGAAGCAGAGAACUACGAUCUGGCUCUGAGUUUUCAGGAGAAAGCUGGCUGUGAUGAAAUCUGGGAGAAGAUCUGUCAGGUGCAAGGUAAAGAUCCGUCCAUGGAGAUCACUCAAGACCCUAUGGAUGAAUCCGAGGAGGAGCGCUUCGAGGAGAUGCCGGAGAGCAGUCACCUGGUGGAGCUUCCUCCCUGCGAGCCGAGCCGACUGGAGGAGAUCGCCGAGCUUGUGACGUCCGUGCUGUCAUCACCCAUCCGCCGGGAGAAGCUGACUCUGGCGCUUGCCAGCUCGGGUUACGUCAAGAAGUUGCUGCAGCUCUUCAGGACGUACGAGGACUCGGAGCAUCGCGAAGCCCUUCAUCACCUGUAUGAGAUUGUGCGCGGCUUGCUCUUCCUCAACAAAGCCACUCUGUUCGAGGUGAUGUUCUCGGACGACUGCAUCAUGGAUGUGGUGGGCUGUCUGGAGUACGACCCGGCGAUGGUCCAGCCAAAGAAACACCGGGAGUUCCUCACCAAGACGGCCAAAUUCAAAGAGGUGAUCCCCAUCACGGACUCGGAGCUCCUGCAGAAGAUCCAUCAGACGUAUCGCGUGCAGUACAUCCAGGACAUCAUCCUGCCCACGCCGUCAGUGUUUGAGGAGAACUUCCUGUCCACGUUGUCCUCCUUCAUCUUCUUCAAUAAGGUGGAGAUCGUAAGCAUGCUACAGGAGGAUGAGAAGUUCCUGACGGAGGUGUUUGCUCAACUGACGGAUGAUUCCACAGAGGAGAACAAGAGGAGAGAGCUGGUCAACUUUUUUAAAGAGUUCUGUGCCUUCUCACAAACAUUACAACCCCAAAACAGGGACACUUUCUUCAAAACACUGGCAAAUCUGGGAAUUUUACCUGCCUUGGAAAUUGUGAUGGGUAUGGAGGAUGUGCAGGUGAAGGGCGCAGCCACAGAUAUCUUCUCUUAUCUGGUGGAGUUCAGUCCGUCCAUGGUCAGAGAGUUUGUCAUGCAGGAGCCGCAGCAAGCUGAUGAUGAUGUUCUACUUAUUAAUGUGGUGAUAAAGCAGAUGAUCUGUGAUUCAGACCCAGAGCUGGGUGGUGCUGUCCAGCUCAUGGGUCUUCUGAGGACCCUCAUUGACCCGGAGAACAUGCUCGCGCCAGCCAAUAAAACAGAGAAGAGUGAGUUUUUGACUUUCUUCUAUAAGUACUGUAUGCAAGUGCUGACGGCGCCACUGCUCGCCAACACUGCUGACGAGAACAUGGGUAAGACCCUACACCGGUAUUCACACAGCACUACAGGAAGUGAAUGCUGUUCUUGUCCUAUAACUGCUGUCUGUUUAACCUUUGACACAGAUUUGAGUGAGGGAUCGGCUAAAGUGAACCCUGUUUGUCCAGAUAACUUUCAGACAGCGCAGCUUCUGGCUCUGAUCCUGGAGUUGCUGACAUUCUGUGUGGAGCACCACGCGUACCACAUCAAGAACUACAUCAUGACAAAAGACCUGCUGAGGAGAGUCCUCACACUCAUGAACUCCAAACACACAUUCCUGGCGCUGUGUGCCCUGCGCUUCAUGAGGAGAAUCAUCGGUCUGAAGGAUGAGUAUUAUAACCGCUACAUCAUGAAAGGAAAGCUAUUUGAUCCGGUCAUCAAUGCCCUGCUGGACAACGGAACCAGAUACAACCUGCUGAACUCGGCCAUCAUCGAGCUCUUCGAAUUCAUUAAAGUGGAGGACAUCAAGUCUCUCACCGCUCACAUCGUCGACAACUUCGACAAAGCGCUGGAGUCCAUCGAGUACGUGCAGACGUUCAAAGGUUUGAAGGGCCGAUACGAGCAGGAGAAGGAGCGACAGAGCCGAGGGCUCAACAGGUAUCGCAGAGAUGCACGCUCAUUUGAGGACGAUGAAGACAUGUGGCUGAAUGAAGAUGAGGAGGAGGAGGAGGAAACAGACGCAGGCUCAGACAAGAGCAACACUGAUUACGGGAAGUACAUGGAGAAUGAGAAAGUGAAAGAGAGUCAAGACAAAGACAAAGAGGGUCAUGCCAAGCGGACACCCACAGGCAGCUUUAAGUUCACCUUCUCUCAGUCUACAGGAGCUGCCAACGGCUCCAAACCUCCACCAUCAGCUUCCUCCAGCAGCCCCAAACCAGCUUCAGUGCCCUCCGGACACACCGCCAGGACUGGACCCGUGGCCCUCGUGGAUUACCCUGAUGAUGAGGAUGAAGAGGAGCAUGACGAAGUGGAGCAGUCGCCACGAAAACGGCCUCGCCUGAGCUCUUAAAGCGUGCUGUGCUUCUGUUUCCUGCUGUCUAGCGGUACUGGCUCUGAAGCGCACAAGCUCAGUGAGCCAAUUGCAGGGGCUGAUGGGCUAGCAGGACUAGCUGCAGUACUGAUGUGUGCUUGGAGAGCGAGCGGCUGCUGGAAUACUGCUGUACAGUGUUCAUUUUUUCCUUUUAAAUGAGUUGUUUUUUUAAGAAUAGAACCAGAGAUCCUGUCGGUGGGCCUUUAUAAUCACACGUCUGUCGUUCAGGAUAAAGUUGCGGUUGCAAUGUUGGUUUUUAAAACAAUAAACUGCAGUAACAUGAUCUUUGUGUGAAUCGGCUUGUGUUGAUCCUGUUGUGAAUGCAUUGUAGUAAAAACAUUCUGCUCCAUGGACGUUUAAGAGUACUGAUCUGAGAUCAGCUUUUGGCCAUCCUGUGUUGAUGAAUAAGACCUGAAAGUUGAUUGGACCAGGAUGUUUUGAUUAAAUACUAAAACUGUUAGUUUUACUACUAGCACCAUCUCUGAUAAUGAACAUUUGUAUAAUUUUUUUUUAUUUUAUUUUUUUUACAGUUUUUAGAUUAAAUUUGGUCUUGCAGUUGAA